AUGAAUAGGGUAACCGAAUCGUUGAAUACAUUUCAACAAACCAUGGACACACAUACCGCCCAAAUUCUACAUUUAAACGAGGGGCAAGUAAAAUUGGCAUACGAGCUGAAUUACACACAGGCAGCAUUGAACCAAACGAUCGACUUGGUCAAUGAACACUCAGAAAUACUCCGAACACACGAAACAGCACUACGAACGCUAUCACAAAUGACCAUGUUCCUCAGCAAUCGACUAUCAGCAUUUGUCCAUUCUGUGGAAACUCAUUUCAUCCACACAUCCAUUGAAAAUAUUUUGGAAAAUAAUCUUAACUUACAGUUCAUUCACCAUAAAGAUUUACCUCAAGUUACGAAAAUGAUAAUGAAAGCAACAAACGUUUCGUUAGAUGACAACAGUGCAUCAUUCGCCUCAAUCGAACUAGUCACCCGCUUAUUAGUGAAACAAAGAAUCGACUUUAUUUCAAUGAACAAAACACAGAAUAAUGGUGAAUCAGAUCUAAUUGGUCAAUUGAUAGUCUCUUCAUUCUUUGCCGCACCCAGUCAGACACAAGCUCCAUUUUCCCUUUAUGAAUUGAUACCAGUGCCGUUCAAUCAUCGCAAACAAAGGGUGCGAUUAGCACAAGUACCUUAUGCAAUCGGAAUCGAAUCGAAAGGACAACAAUUUAUUCGAUGGUCAAAAUCCGAAGCAGAAUCAUGCAAUUUUGCAGUUAUGACAACAUGUCGAGAAACACUAGCGAUUCGAAAGGAAGGAAUCGACAAAUGCCUUUCUGAAAUUUUAACAGAUGGACCAUUAGAGUCAUGUCAAGUAGAACCACACAUCGAUCCGAUAUUCGUCCAACGCGUGGAUCAACACUGGGCAAUUUCAACAAACACAACCACUAAAUGUCACCCGAUCAAAUUGGCUGAAGCGGAGAACAUGAAGGUGGGCGUUAGCAAGGAAAUAACACUACCUCCAGUAGCAUUAAUAACUACCUUAGACAGCACAUCAUUCAUCUACACAUAA